AUCAAACCGUACGUGAAGCCCGUCUUCGCUUCAGACAUUGGAUUAUUCAAUAUGAUCUAGGUGCUCAUGCACUAUCUGACUCGUUUGGUUCGAGCUCCAGGUAUUAUGGAGAAAUCGUGCGUAUACUUCGUAAUGGAGGAUUUAAUCACGCCCAAGAUAGUAUAUACUGCCACAUGCGUGGCUGUACGCUUCAACACGCAAUACAAACAGUGGGCCAAAUCUGA